AUGGAAACUGCAAUUAUUAACAUUAAAGUUCUAUUGAAAGUUGGAGGGAAAAACUACUUUUUAAUAACUGCUUUACAUUUAAAAAAAAAAGAGAAGAAAAAGGAAAAUGAAGAUCACAAACAGUAUUUACAGUACUGUACAGUUUGCAACGGAUACAAGGCACCAAGGUCACAUCACUGCAGGAAAUGUGGUUAUUGUAUAAAGAAAAUGGAUCAUCACUGUCCGUGGAUCAAUUGUUGUGUGGGGCAUGCCAAUCAUGGAUACUUCACCAUGUUCCUCAUAGCUGCUGUACUGGGAUGUGCGCAGGCGGCUGUGGUUCUAACAAUAUGCAUAUACCACGCGAUAAACCGAGUCUGGUAUAUCCAUAACGGGUCGGGUCGUGAGCCGAUGAUUUACUUGACGCUGACGACGCUGUUGCUGACGCUACUUGCCAUAGGCAUGGCCGUCGGCGUGGUUCUAGCUGUGGGCGCGCUCUUGUAUUUACAGAUUCGGGGUAUACUUAGAAAUCAAACAACAAUAGAAGAAUGGAUAGUGGAGAAAGCUGCCGGUAGACGAGAAGAACAAGGGCUACCCCCAUUUGUGUUUCCUUACGAUAUUGGACGGGUGGGGAAUGCUAAGUUGGUGUUGUUCGGGUCGCGGUACGAUGGGAUACAUUGGCCUGUCAGAGACGGGUGCGGGACGUAUGAUUUGACGCGUGAGCAAAUAGCGCAGAAGCAAGACAAGCGCGUCCGUUCCCGCCUGUACACCGCGGUGGAGUCGUACGGCGGCCAGUGGCUGCCGCUGCUCUCCUGGCCCCGCGCGGCGCUGGGCGCGCCCUGCACCGACGAGGGGCGCCUGCCGCUGAGGGGGGGGGACGUCGUGCGGGCCACGCGCCAGCGACGACAUUGGCUGUUCGGCGAGAAGCUGGUGGGAGACGGAGACGGGCGGGGGCCCCGCGGCUGGUUCCCGCGAGGUGCCGUCACUCCCAGCGACCAGCUCCGAACCAACCACAAGAUGGACUAG